CAAGCCAUUGGCUCAAGAUGUGUGAUUGGGUAAAGGAGGCCGAGGAAUCGGCAUGGACAGCGUGUGCCGCCUGGAUGAGCCGCUCCUGCAGAUCCCGGACACGCCCCCCGCGCAGUCGCAGGAUAUGUUGCGCUGCUUCCGCGCUGCCGCCGGCGCUGAGCCUGCAGCUCUUAGCCAGGUCUUUGCCAAGCUCGCCAUUGCCUGCGGCGGGCGGCUUUUGGCAGAGGUCAACCGCCCGGAGAGCCACGCGGUCUUCGACGUGACGCUGGAGCACGCGCUGCGCUUGUACGAGGCCUGGGUCGAGGAUGAGCGAGGCGUGAAUAGCCGCGACAAAGGCUCGCGGUCCACCAGCUUCGACGACACCCCCAAGUUCUGGCGCCGCAUGGCCAGCUUCGACCAGAAGCGGGUGGACGACGUAGGCGACGUGAUGGACAUGACGGCCUUCAAGAACGCCUUGGAGUCUGAAGGCUUCCAGAACCUGGACACCGAGCCGCUCUUCGGGGUGCUUUGGUCCUCGCUGGCGCAGGAGACCCUGGAUGUGCGGACCUUCCACAGGGUGCUACGGCUGCUGAAGCUGCACCUCCUGUGCGGGGCACUGCCGGAACGGACCUCCCUGGGGGUGCCCAGCCCAUUGGAGCCUGAGCAGGGCUUCGUGGGCAUUAUGGACUGGAACCCCAGGGUGGUGAAGGAGAACUACUUCAACAAGGCGGACAGUUCGGCCAUUUUCCUCAGCCAUCGGCACCCGUCCAUGAAGAUGCGCUGGGUGCAUUGCAGCGCCGUCAGCAAGGCCACCAUCCUGCGGCUAGCGGUGAAGUACCAGCUCCACCCCUUGCCCGUGGAGGACACCAUCCAGCUGCAGAAGCAAUCGGUGCCUCUGGUUCGGAGCUACAGCGAUAACUUCUUCGUCGUCCUGCCCCUGCUGCGGCUGACCACGCCGGCGCGCAAUGCCCUGGCGAAGCUUCAGGAGUCGGGGGAGCAGCCGGACAUUGUUGCGAGGCAGACCACAAACCCGGAGACGGAGGCCGUGGACGACUCAGCGCCUGCCUUUGACGUUGAGAUCGAGCAGGGCCGGGUGGCGCUCUUUGUAGCCGGGGCACCUCGCUUCGACACAGUGAUCAGCAUCCAGACCAACUGGGUGGUGCACCACUGCGAGGACGGCAGCAAUCACUACGCCAGCUAUGCCGACUCCCCGCGCCCGGAGCGCAGGUUCUGCCGCCGGCGCAGGCGGCAGCUGCGCAGCCGCGUGCUCCUGCGCAGCGACACGGAGGAGGGCGGGGAGCUGGCGCGGAGCUACACGGAGGAGUCUCCGGAGCCCUCUCCGAGGCUGGACUACGACCUCGAGGAGACCGAGACGGACCCCUCCGCCUACGACGACGACGCGUGCCAGGCCUUCGACGGCAUCGCCGAGGAGAUCCAAAAGGACUGCUCCAUGCUGCGCUCGGGGAACUCCGCGUGGCUCUUGUGGCGGGUGGUGGAUGUGCUGGUGGACGACAUGGAGCCCAUCCUUUCCGCCUUCCGGGCACGGCUCAUGUGGUUUGGCGCCCACAUCGCCAAGCGCAGGGCCAAGGCCGAGAACGGCGUGGAAAAGAAGCUCCUUUGGACGCGGGUGGAGCUCGAGUGGGUGCAGCGAAAGGUGAGGCCCAUGAUUCGCGUGGUGCGCCACCUCAUCCACGACAAGACCAUCGAAGCAGAUGUCACGCAAUACCUCGAAGACGUGGAGGACCAUUUGGAGACCUACGUCGAGGAGAUCAGCCGCAGCAUCGGGGUCUGCGACUCCCUGCGGGACCAGGUGCGCAGCUUCCGCGACCGGGAGCAGCAGGGGGUGCUCUACGUACUGGCGCUGGUUACUACUAUGACCACGCCCAUGCAAAUCCUGGCUUCCAUGUACGGCAUGAACUUUUUCGAUGACAAGGACCGGCCUGUGGUGCCCGGCUUGGGCAGGUUGGACAAGCAGCGGGGCUACACGCUCUUCUGGGGCCUUGGCAUCAUGAUCAUGCUGUCCAUCUACAUCAGCUUCCGCUUCGUGCUGAAGUGGAUGUAGCCUCUUCAGCGCCCACCUGGGCCUUGCGUAGAUAGGUGAUGCGCGGGAAAGGAUCCCCGCAUCUCAAUCUCCCUAAGGGAGUCGUCGCAGCC